GUUCCCUCUAUCGUUGAACUGAAAUGGCCGGUGCCCUCCAGAACGCUAAACGAGACCUCCCCAAAGUCAGAGAUGAAGAUCGAGAAAGCAGAUUUGGUCAAGUUUUCGGCGUAUCUGGCCCAGUAGUCAUUGCCGAGAACAUGUUUGGUGCUGCCAUGUACGAGCUCGUACGGGUUGGCCACGAUGAAUUGGUCGGAGAGGUCAUUCGUAUCGAGUCGGACAAAGCUACAAUUCAGGUGUAUGAGGAAACAUCUGGUGUAACAGUUGGUGAUCCAGUUCUCCGAACAGGAAAGCCUCUUAGUGUUGAAUUGGGACCUGGAUUAAUGGGUAAUAUCGUGGAUGGUAUUCAGCGCCCACUAAGAUCUAUUCAAGAAUUAUCCAAAUCAAUUUACAUUCCCCGAGGUAUCAAUACGGAUGCACUUGACCGAUCGCUGAAGUGGGAUUAUAAGCCUGGUUCCUACAAAGUUGGCGAUCACUUAUCUGGAGGGGACAUAUUCGGUGGUGUCUAUGAGAAUUCCUUGGUCGAUAACCACAAGAUCAUGUUGUCCCCUCGUGCUCUGGGCACGAUCACCCAUAUCGCCGACAAAGGCAGUUAUGCGGUUGAUGAUAUUGUCCUAGAAACUGAAUUUGAAGGUAAAACAACCAAGCAUACCAUGAUGCAGCUUUGGCCCGUCCGUGCACCUCGUCCUGUCACUGAGAAACAAACUGCCGAUUACCCUCUACUCACUGGCCAACGCAUUUUGGAUGCAUUAUUCCCUUGUGUUCAAGGAGGUACAACUGCUAUCCCGGGAGCUUUCGGUUGCGGCAAGACCGUUAUUUCUCAAGCCUUGUCCAAAUUUUCGAAUAGCGACAUCAUUGUAUAUGUUGGUUGUGGUGAACGUGGUAACGAGAUGGCUGAGGUAUUGAUGGAGUUCCCUGAAUUGUCUAUGGAUGUUGGAGACCGACAAGAGCCUAUCAUGAAACGUACAACCUUGGUCGCAAAUACGUCAAACAUGCCUGUCGCCGCACGUGAAGCCUCCAUUUACACUGGUAUCACCCUUUCAGAAUAUUUCCGCGACCAAGGAUCAAAUGUAGCUAUGAUGGCGGAUUCCACCUCGCGGUGGGCCGAAGCCCUUCGUGAGAUUUCUGGUCGUUUGGCGGAAAUGCCUGCAGAUUCCGGUUACCCCGCUUAUCUUGGUACCAAGUUGGCCAGCUUCUACGAGCGUGCUGGAAAGGUGGUUUGUCUCGGAAACCCGUCUCGAAAAGGAACCGUCUCGAUCGUUGGAGCUGUGUCACCUCCUGGAGGAGAUUUCUCCGACCCUGUUACAUCGGCCACCCUUGGUAUUGUUCAAGUGUUCUGGGGUCUCGACAAGAAGCUUGCACAGCGAAAACACUUCCCCUCGGUCAACUGGUCUCUUUCGUAUUCUAAAUACACCAAAGUUCUCGAACCGUACUACGAGAACACCGAGCCCGGUUUCGUUGAAUUGCGCGCCAAAACCAAGGAGAUCUUGCAGAAGGAGGAAGACCUUGCCGAGAUCGUGCAGCUCGUCGGAAAGAGUGCUUUGGGAGAGAACGAUAAGAUCACCCUCGAGAUUGCCCGCAUGUUGAAAGAUGACUUCCUGCAACAGAAUGGAAUGAGCGAGUACGACCGCUACUGCCCAUUUUACAAGACCAGCGGAAUGUUGCGCAAUUUUGUUGGGUUCCAUGAAUCUGCCCAGAAGGCAGUUGCACAAGGGGAUAUGACAUUUGCGAAAAUCAAGGAUAUCGCCUCGGACGUGAUAUUUAAGCUCUCUCAGAUGAAGUUCGAAUCUCCUUCCCAAGGAAAAGAUAACGUCAAGCAAAAACUGGACGCACUCCACGCUGAAAUUCAGGACAAAUUCAGACAGUUGGCAGAAUAAAAGUAUUGACCCAUUUUAUUCUCUUCCUUCUCUACCGCAUCACGACACGACACCCACAGUUCGUGACUAUUUCUAACGUGUCAAAACAUCGGUGGACACAUCAAUCUCAGACUCCGAACUAUUGGUAGUGCAAUUGGAAUCUCGUUCUU